CUCCCAGACCAGCCCGUCGCGGGGCGGUGGAGCCAGAAGGGAGACGGACAGCGGGGUGCCCGCGCUGCGCUGCUCCACGGACCCGGACCCGGACCCGGACCUGAAGGGAUGCGGGUGACGGCGCCAGCGACCCUUGUCGUCUCUGUAAACCCGGCUUCUAGCUUCCGGACCCGGCUUGUCCGUGGACUGAGAUACACUUGUAAACGGGACCAUGGAAAUACCAAAUAAAGCUGCUGAAUUUCCAAAUCCCACUUACCCUCCAACUUAUGCAGGAAAUCAAGUUCCUCAUGGAUAUCCUCAGUACGCACCUCAAAUUUUCCAAAAUGCUCCAGAACAAGCUAAUUAUGCCUUCCAGGGUUACCCAGCAGGAGCUCCAUAUGGACCUGGGGUCCCUCCAGUCCAAAAUCAGCCUUCUGGGACCAGUGGGGCAGCUUGGAUGCCAGCACCUCCUCCCACUCUCAACUGUUCACCCGGAUUAGAAUACCUAAGUCAGAUUGACCAGAUAUUAGUUCAUCAGCAGAUUGAGCUUCUGGAAGUUCUUACUGGUUUUGAAACUAACAACAAAUAUGAAAUCAAAAACAGCUUGGGGCAAAGAGUAUAUUUUGCAGCAGAGGAAAAUGACUGUUGUACUCGAAAUUGUUGUGGACCAUCACGAUCUUUCACCAUUAGGAUCAUUGACAAUAUGGGUCAAGAAGUGAUAACACUGCAGAGACCUCUCAGAUGCUCUGCAUGUUGUUGUCCUUGCUGCUUGCAAGAGCUUGAAGUUCAGGCCCCUCCAGGUACACCAGUUGGCUACAUAAAACAAAACUGGCAUCCCUGUCUGCCUAAAUUUACUAUUCAAAAUGAAGCAAAAAUUGAUGUAUUUAAAAUCAUUGGCCCAUGCGUUGUAUGCAGCUGUUGUGAGGAUAUUAAUUUUGAGGUGAAGUCGAUGGAUGAAAGUUCUGUAGUUGGAAGAAUUUCUAAGCAGUGGAGUGGAUUUGUGAGAGAGGCAUUUACAGAUGCUGAUAAUUUUGGAAUCCAGUUUCCACUGGAUCUUGAUGUUAAGAUGAAAGCUGUCAUGAUUGGUGCCUGCUUCCUCAUUGAUUUCAUGUUUUUUGAACAAACUGGGAAUAAGAACCAGCGAGCAGGAGUGUGGCAGUAGAAUCUAUUGUUGGGCUUAAAACGUGCUUACAUAGAAAAGUUUCACACGGCUUUGUGCUCUUUUUCUAAAAUAUAUUUAAAAAAUCCAGUAUAUAUAGAACAUGUAUGGAUCUUUUGCUUAUUGCUAGUUUCUUUUGUAACUUAGGGUUUCUAUUGCCCUAUUUUAUUGUUUUGAUAUUGCAAAUACAAUUCUAUACCUCUGAUAUAAUAUAGAUUAGAUCUGUAUAAAUAAUGUGAAAUGUUUGUGAAUCUUCCCUGACUAGAAUAUGAACUGCAAAAAUGAUUUCUUUAUUCUUGUGAGCACUUUGUAGAAGAUCUUUUAUAGUACUGGAAGACUGGGAGUAAUCCUCUGUCACUUGCACAAAACUACAGUUGAUCCUACAACAAGGGCAGAUUUUUUAACUUUGUCAAUGUUUUAUUUUUAAAUAUAUAUAUAAAAAUUUCAGUUCUCUCUGUAAUAUCUAUAUAUUGUAUAUUAAACACUGUAAUCCUAUAUUUUGUUUAAUUAUGAUAAAAUAGAUAUUAGCAUUCAUAUUUUGAUGUUUAUAAUAUAUUUCAACUAUAUAAAAGAAAAUAACAUUAUAUGAGAGCAGAGGUGUAAAUGAAAGGUCUGUUUCUUCCACUAUCUUCAUCCGCAUCUCACAAUCCAGAUGCAAAUUUGCCCAACAGAAGUAGAGUGCCUCACUGUAAUUUAACUAUGUGCUAACUGAUACUGGCAAAAGUGAUUCCUAAAGACAUUGUAUACAGCUGGUAGUCUUUCAGAAUUAGCAGUUUACCCAAGCAAAAUUAAAGCAGACCUAAACCCUUUUUAAAAAUAGACUUGUCCCACUUACCUAGAACAUGAGGGAGAUUUUGGUGUUCUGGGUUAAAAUUUGUUACAGUUAUUGAUAGGCCACUUUUUAACUCUUUUAAAAGCUGGAUCAUAUAGUGACCUUCAAACUCAUUUUUUUUUAUGAAUUUUUGAUUCUUUGUAGUAUGAUGGAAACAUAACUGUAUGGCGGCUUGUACCUUAGAGUGAAUCCUCUUUCACUUGCUCAAUAAUUACAGUUGAUCGUAGAACCAAGGCAGUUAGGUAAACAUAUUUAGAGAGAAAAGAAAAAAGUCAGAACAGUUAAUGAUUUCCCUCUCUUUUUGCUCUGGUAAUAUCAUCACUCCUCUUCCCGGCCACUGGCCUAGGCACUAGCUAUCAGAGGUAUUUAAGAAGACUUGGUAGGUUAAUUUAUUUGUAAACUCAGCAAAUUAGUAUGGAAAUAGGGAGAAACAGACAUAAGACCCCAUGACGCUAUUUUUAUAUAAUCAGUUUUCAACUGUUUUGUCUUCUCCUUUUGAUUAUGGUUUAUAAGCAUUUUUAUUUGAACUGGGUAAACAAAUGAAUACAUUUGUCAGUUCCGAGCCCCUAUUCUCACAAGCACACACUUGCUUCUCAGUCCCAGAUUCUUAUUACAUGCUAAGGGUGGCAUUUUUGUGUGAGUGCCUCCAUCUGUGUGAUAUUGUUGACAAGUCUAUUCUAAUUACUUGUUCACUUUUCUCAAAAUACAUUCCUUUUGUUUAGUUAUUCAACCUUUUUAAAUGUGACAAUGACUCUGCUGAAAUAACAAAAGGCCGAUGAGCCAUAGGACUCCUCUGCAUAAUGCCCAUAUUAUUAUUUUUUACUAUUUGCAUUACCGUUGUGCCUUGGAGUUUCAGUCAUGGACCAGGAUGCCAGUGUGCUGGGUCCUAUACAAACAGAAAACAAAAAGACAGUCCCUACCCCAAAAAGCUGACAAUCUACAUAUAAGACAAGGCACAGAGGAUGCAGACAGACUGAGGUGGGAGUACAAGGAAACCAUGAGAAUUCACUUGUCAGCAUGAUAGGUUGUGAUCUCAGCACAUCCAUAACCUAGCCAUUCUUUGUAGGCUUCAUGGUAAAUAAGAGUUUCAAGAAGGAUUUUGAAGUAGGAUGAAGAGGUUUGAAGUAGUUUUGCAGAUGUUUACAUCUGAUGAGUGUAUAUUUGUUUUAACUCCUGCAUGAGAGCCAGAAUAUAUACUUAUAAAAAUAUUCCCUGCAAUCAUUACUGAUUAACACAGCCAACAGGUAGCCACACCUAACUUGCCCCGGUCCCUUUUCCUCUUUGAGUGAAGAUGCUGCACAAGCAUCACUUCAAACAUAGUCACAUUAAAAAUGUGUAAUAACCUCUUUCAGCAUUGCUGUUGAUGGUGCCAAAACAAAGCAUGACUGCUAUAUUAUCCAAGGUAAUAUAUAUUCUGAUGCUUAAAUCAUAGGACCAGAUACUUGGGUCCAGCCAACCCACAGAGGUUUGGGGGAAAUGUGGCUUUAAGCUUUCUCAAUUCUGGAGUUAGCUGGAGGACAAAAUGUUCCCCUUCAUAAUUUUUAGCAGCUUAAGGGCUGUUCUAAAUCACUCCAUAUGGAGUGUUCCCCUUGGGAUCAUUCUGCUGUGUGAGAAUUGCCUGAGUGGACUGCUUUCCAUCUCAGUUCAUUUCUUCCCAGGAGUGAAGGAACCACCAGCUUUACAUCUGUCUAAAUAUAAAAGGAAGGGUAACAACCUUUAUGUAUGCAGUAAUAUAAAAUCCCUCUUGGCCAGAGGUACAGAAUCCCCUUACCUGUAAGUGGUUAAUCAGUUCAAUUAACCUAGUUGGCACCUGACCAGAAGGACCAAUGGAGAAAGAAGAUACUUUCAAAUCUGGGGGCGGGAGCAAAGCUUUGUUUUUGUGCUCUGUGUGUGUUCCUUCCGAGACAAAGAGAGAGACCAAGGAAGUAAUCCAGCUCCUUCUGAAUGAUACAUCUAAAAUUACAGGAAUAGUAAGUAAUAGCAGGGAAAUGCGUUAGAGUAUCUUUUGAUUUAGCUUGUGAAUUAUCCCUAUGCUUAGAGGGAGGUUUAUCCCUGUUUUUUUGUAACUUUAAAGUUUUGCCUAGAGGGGACUCCUCUGUGUUUUGAAUCUGAUUGCCCUGUAAAAUUACCUUCCAUCCUGAUUUUACAGAGGUGCUUCUUUUACUCUUUUUUUCUUUAUAAUAAAGUUCUGAUUUUUUUAAGAAUCUGAUUGGUUUUAGUGUCCUAAAAACCCAGGGAUUUGGUCUGUGCUCACCUGUAUCAAUUGGUGAGGAUAUUAUUCUCAAGCCUCCCCAGGAAAGGGGGUGAAGGGGUUUGGGGGGAAUAUUUUGGGGAACAGAAACUCCAAGUAGUUCUUUUCCUUGAAUCUUUGUCUAACUCACUUGGUGGUGGCAGCGAAUACUGUCCAAGGACAAGAAGGGAUUUGUGCCUUGGGGAAGUUUUAACCUAAGCUGGUAGAAAUAAGCUUAGGGGAUCUUUCAUGCAGGUCCCCACAUCUGUACCCCAGAGAUCAGAGUGGGGGAGGGAACCCUGACAACAUCACCUGGGAAUUUUCUCUACAUCAAUCAAAGCAUCCCCAGCUGUACUUGAAAUGUAACUCUCCAUCCACAGAGGAUAUAAAGGCAAGAUCCAGGUUCCUGGCUUGUAUUAUGUACAAUUGUUCUUAUUCAUUAUUCAGUAGUAACAGACGUGGGCAACAGGAUUUAGAUCCUGCUGGAUUUCUCCUCCUUUUAGAAAAAAUGAUGAUUUUGCUUAUCUCAGGAGAAGGAGGGAGAGAGGAAAACAAACUGGAAAAAAACCUAAUGUAUCUCUGAUUUAGUGCCAGUAUCGGUGUGGCAAAUUUUCUUUUAAAUAUCUUUUUAAAAAUUAAGUAGCUAUUUGGCAAGCCCUGAGAGGUGGUUUUACAGUGUGAUAGUUCUGGAAUCAUGCCUGUAUUGCAUGUUCACUAGUAGGACUAUUCAUAAUAUUCUUCUGUAGCUCAUCCAUUUUUGUUACAUUCGUCUGUUAACUGCAGCAUUUUUUUCGCUUGAUUGUGACUUCUAUUAUCUGUAAUAUUGAAAAGAAUGUUUACUGAAUGCAGUAUUGUUUUCCCUCCACUGGUUCUCUGAAUUAACAGGGUAUUUAGUUCCUUUUUAUUUAACUAAGGGUAUGAUACUUGCUCCCAUAAAAUAAAGUGGAGAAGCACCAGUUGAGUGCACCUCCAAAGCAAAUAAUUUUACAAUUUUAUCAUAUUCAUAAAUAUUUGUUUUAUGUUAAAUGAAAGUCAAACUCCAGUUAAUUGUUUUCAAUUUCAAUCUGAAUUACAUCUUUAUUGAGCUCUGCCAGCUAUCAUCCCAAUAUAAUUGACUUCUUUUUACAGCCUUUACGCUUCAGUUUUUUUUACCUUAGCAGUGUUAGUCCCUUUUAAAUAACCCUUUCAUGAUUCCCAACUUUUCUAUUUCUGUUUGGCUUUAAACUUAAAACAAAAAACAACCAAGGAAACAACCUCCCCUCCCUCCCCCAUGAUGCUCUGUACCUUGGGGGAACACCCUACACCUCCAUGUUCAUCUUUAUAAAAUGAUUAUGUGGUAUCCAAUGCAAAGUUUGUCAUGUUUGGUGUCUUCGGAAGGCUCAUAAUGCACCGAGCAUGGUGAUUAUAGAAAUGUUAUAGUAAUGUUAUAGGUUAUAAUUUCAUGUAUAUAGUUAUGAGGCUGAAAAAAUGUAUCCUCAUGGCUUACAGCAAGCCCAUGCAAAAACUCUCCAAGAACAGAGAGGUAGUUUACACCUCGUCAGGGCAUGGAUAGGACAAACCCAGCCCAGCUUCACAGGAACAAUGGACACUGGCUUAGGCAGCAACAAAAGAAUCUGUUAGACCUUCCAGGGAGUCACCCCCUUCCUUUGGGCAGUUUGGGACUGUGAUGAGGUAAUGCUCACCUGACUCUGAAGGGUGGGGCUGGGGGCAAAGCCAAGAGGAAAGAAAGGACAUGAUAAAAGGGAGAGACAUUUUGCCAUGCUCUCUCUCUUUCACCUACAUCUACAGACACCACCACCACCAAGCGACUGAACCACUGAUCAAAGGGGAGAGCCUGGCUGAAGAGCCAACCUCUGGUGAGAAGCAUCUAAGUUUGAAAGGACAUUUAAAAUGUUAAGAUCAGCUUAGAAUGUGUUUUGCUUUUAUUUCAUGUGACCAAAUCUUAUUUGUUAUGCUUUGACUUGUAAUCACUUAAAUCUACCUUUAUAGUUAAUAAAUCUGUUUGUUUAUUCUA